CAAUUUAUCGGGUCAUGGUAACAUUAGAGUACACACCACUCAUAAAUGAAAUUCCGAAUUCCUCCUUAAGUCAUUAUUCUUUCGAGGAUUAGUUUCUCACUCUUACCACUUCUUGGUUUGGCGCAAGAUUAAAGGUUUCUGAAAUUAACCGCGAUUAGGUUUUUUUAACGGUAUGGAUGAUUUGGGAAGUCGGCGACGGUAGCAGAGCGGAGGGCAGCGUAAGAGGCGUCGAGGACGAGGUCGUAGAGGAGGGUGGAGAGAAAGCACCGGUGGCGGCGACGACGAUGGGUAUCGGAGUUCGCCUGUGGACAUCAAAGCUUCCAACAUUCUGCUUGAAGAAAUGCUCAAUUGCAAUCUCUGAUUUUGGGUCUGCUAAGAUGGGGUUUUCUUCCACUGUUUUGCCACCGUCGUCAGCGACGAAGCAAUUGAUGAUGGGUUCUCUGCGAUACGGAACCCAAUUCAAACCCUAUUUCACAAUAUCAAAAUUUUACAUCCUAAUUCACCCAAAUCAAGUCCCAAGGCGUUCUUCAUCACUCCACGUGUUUUUGCCGUAAGAAGCCCUAAUAGUGUAAUACACUCUUCUCUCACUUACUGGUUAAAGCCAUCCAAGGUAUCGGGAAGUGAAAUGGUGGUGAAGAGAAUAUUACGGUGUUUUGACCUUUGUACUGCAACUGCUGUUAAUGAUGAAGCACAUUCAAAUGCAGAAAUCAGAAGCUCGCCUAACACAAAAUCUGCGAUUGCUGUUAAUGAUGAAGCACAUUCAAAUGCAGAAAUCAGAAGCUCGCCUAACAUAAAAUCUGCGACUGUGGAUGCACAAUAUGUAACAAUAGCAAGCAGUGCCAUGAAUAACCUACUUGAGUGCCCUGUCUGCCUCACUUUAAUGUCUCCUCCCAUUCAUCAGUGUCCAAACGGCCACACUUUAUGUUCAAACUGCAAGGCCAAAGUAUGCAAUAUUUGCCCAAUUUGCCGUCAAGUGCUCGGAAGCAUUAGGUGCUUGGCUUUGGAGAAAGUUGCGGAAACAUUAGGAUUACCAUCCAGUGUUCGUCCAUAUAAUUGUCCAUACAACGAAACAGCUAAAUGCUGUGUCACUGGUGAUAUCCAAUUCCUUGUUGCACAUCUCAAGGAUCAUCACAACAUUGACGUUUUUGAUGGGUGUGCUUUCACCAUUAAAUAUAUCAACCUUAAAUAUAUCAUCCCCAAUCCCGAAAAUGUCCAUACAUGGAAGCUGACGGUUUUCAACUGUUUUAGCCACUAUUUUUGCUUGCACUUUGAGUCUUUCCUUCUAGAAACAGUACCAGUUUACAUGGCCUGCGUGCGUUUUAUGGGCAAUGAUGAUGAUAAGGCAAACAAAUUCAGGUAUAGUUUGGAAGUUGGUGGAAAUGGCAGAAAGUUAACAUGGCAAGGAGUUCCAAGGAUGAUUCGUGAUAGUUGCAAGGCAGUUCGUGACAGUCUAGAUGGUCUGGUUAUUCCAAAAAACAUGGCCUUAUUUCCUCCUGAUGGUGAUAUGCAGGAGCUGGAACUAAAGGUGGAACUAAAGGUGGUCGGCAUAUAGGAAGAACAGCUAUAAUGCAAUAAAUAUGCAUCCCAAAAAUUUAUGGGAAAAUAUCUAUUUUCAUUUAUAUUUUGGUGGAAAAUUCUUCUUUCUUCUUCAUUUUUUUUUUUUUUUGGUUUUUGUAAAUGCCCUAGUUUUAGAAACAGUUUCUGGUUAAUGAAUCAGAUUUGUUUCAAGUGCA